CCUGGGAAGUUUCCGUGUGAACUGCGCACCAUGUCUUGCAACGUAAAGAGCCUGAAAGUCACCUACAACCCUAUUAAUAAGGAAAACACUUUUACAGAUGGCGACUGUGUUUCGGGUCACGUCACACUGGAAGUGACCAAAGACUGCGAGAUCGACUCCCUGUUAAUUAAAUUCAAGGGGAAAUCAGAAGUCCUGUGGAGCGAGAAGCACGGUCGGAGUACUGUUUAUUCCCACUCCAAAGAUAAGUACUUCAGCAUCAAGCAUUACUUUAUCCGAGACCCCAGAGGAGAUGACAACCAAACACCACUGACAUACCAGGUUGGAGACACAUACAGCAAUGUGGUUCCCCAAGGAUGCCAUGUUUACCCAUUCACCUUUCAGAUCCCUUCCCAGAAUACUCCCUCGUCCUUUAAGGGCUCUGAUGGUAAAAUUGUGUACCUGCUGGAAUCAAAGCUGAGCAGAUCAAUGAGAAUGGUCACAAAAGAUUCAACUAAGAUCAACUUUGUUGGAAAGACAGACCUGAACAGUUACCCUGGCCUAAUGACACCGCAGCACAAGACACAGGAUAAGAAAAUGAAAUUUUUCACCUCAGGAACUGUAUCCAUGGAUGUGAAUCUUGAAAAAUCAGCUUUCUUCCAAGGUGAGGGAUUAAAGGUUACGGCGUACAUUCAGAACAACUCGUCUCGUGAGAUCAAGCCAAAGUACAGCGUGCACAGCAUGCACAGCUUCUUUGCACAAGGGAGGAGAAGAUUCUCUAUGAAGGACAUCUUUAAAGAGGUGGGAGAGCCCAUCCCUCCUUCUACCAACCAAAAUGUUACAAGAAUCCUCCAGAUCCCUCAUGAUCUGGAGCCCUCCAUCCUCAACUGCAGUAACAUCAAAGCAGAGUACAGACUCAAGGUCUACCUGGAUGUUAAAUUUGCUUCAAACCCAGAGAUCGGAUUUCCCAUCGUCAUUCUGCCGGCCUCUCAGGUUUCUGCCACGGCACCUCCACCUGCUGACUCUGGCUCUGGAUUUUAACCGUUUGGGAGCCAAAAAAAAACCCCACCAGCCUGGGGCACUGCACCACCACAGCCACCAACAGCACCCAACGCUUUUGAUCCCCCACCUCCCUACGGAGCACAUGGACUGUACCCUCCUAUUCCAAAUUCUUCCAGUACUGGGAAUAAGUAAUUCCACCUCAUCCAGUCAGAGGCCUCUUUCUCCCUCUCUCUUUCUCUUAACCCUUUAUCAGGCAAAGAACCAUAUUUGGUAACUUGAGCGGACAUCUAUAACAGGUCUCCUCGCUCUCUGUGAGCUCAUAGCUCAUAUUAUAUAAACAGUGCAUGUCUUAUAUUCUCAUUAUUUGCAUCUCUGCUGGCCUCAUUUGUAAGUGUUUUAAGAUAACAUAAUAUCAUGAUGUGUUGUUGGCCUGAAACAGUUUGAAUCCUACUGGAGUUUCAUACAUGUUCACAUGCUAUGAAUCAUUUUGUGAUAUGGAUUGUCUAUGUUGUAAUUUAAUGUUUGUCUGUUCUUACAAAUGAAAUUAAUCUGUUCAUUCUCCUUAGUUGCUCUUUUUGUGUUUUUUUUUUUUUUUUUUUAACAUUUUGUCCCUUUUGUUAAGAGUCUAAUUCUGUUAAAAGACAUGAUAUUUGUUGUUGUUAUUUAUUGGACUGUAAAUAUAAUUGAAUUGAUGAUGUAGGCCAGUGGUUCCCAAACUUUUUCAGCUGGGCCCCACUUUUGUAGAUUCAAAAAUAUCAAGGCCCCCCCCCCCAGCCCAACAUUGUCUGUAAUUAAUACAGAACCACAACUUCAGUAUGUGACAUGUCAUUAAAAAAUUAAAAUAGGAACAAGUCACCUUUAGAGUGAAGCAUAAAAAGUCACACAGGACUCACUCCUCUAUGUCUUUUGACAUGUCAGAAAUGCGCCUCGCGACAGUAUUGUCUGACAGUAGAAUAGCCUUUAGUUUGCUGGCUGUUGCUUCAUCUAUCAUAGUUGAAACAUAUCAAUAGCUGAAGGUGGUAUUAAUUCCUCGGUAACGCUUUAUAAUGUCCUUAAUAACCAUUAAUUAACAAGUAAUAAGGCAUUGUUCUCGCUUUAGAUCCGGUAGUUGCAAAAAGCAUAGUUAACUUAUAGUAGAUGAGCAAUAAAGUAUAUUUUAAUAUCAAUUAGCAAACAAAAUAAGAUGAAUAAAGGCAUGGCAAAGACAUAAUGGGUGGGUCAUGGGUGUUUGUAAUGCUAUUAUGAAGAAUUAUAAGAUACUCAUGAGGCUUUUAUUAAUGUUCUUAUUAUACAUAUCUUAUAGCCUGCUAUUAGCUGUAUGAUAAUGCCAUUAUUAACACUUAUAUAAGCAUAUAAACACACAAUAAUGUUAAUAAGCAUCUUGUAAGGCCUUACAAGGGCCUUAUUACUUGUUAAUUAAUGGUUAUUACAAGGACCUUAAUAUAAAGCAUUACCAAUUCCUCUGAUAUUGUGUGCGGCUUUUUACACUGAGCAACUCUGUACGCUGCUUUGUAGGAGGAGAGUUGAGCAUUUACAGGCACAGAAGCUGCUUUAGUCUACAAUUGACUCGUUUUUUUCUGAAUAAAUCAAUAGGCUUC